AUGGGUGCUACCGAUGUCUCCUCCCACUCCUCCCACCCGUGUCAAGCCCCCCCCCCACUCCGUGCCCCCCCCCCCCGCCCCUCCCGUAGGCGGUGCCACCGGAGCCGGUCCCGGUACCGGAGCCCUCGAGGGGAGCGGAGCCCGAGCUGUGCCGGAACCACCGUUGCCAUCAUGGACCACCGGGAAGUGCCCCCCCAGCUGCUCAAGAGGGUCCUCCGUGGGGCAGAGGAGGACCGCUCAGCCCAAGCCACCUUGGCCGCUUGGCACGACUACCGCCUCUCCUGCGAGCGACGGUUGCUCCUCGACCCUCCGCCACCCGGACCUUUCUGCAACCGCACCUUUGACAUGUACGCCUGCUGGGGCGACGCGGCGCCCAACACCACCGCCACCGUGCCGUGCCCGUGGUAUCUACCAUGGCAUCACCGAGUGCAGGACGGGGUGGUGGUGCGGCGCUGCGGUGCUGACGGGAGGUGGGUGACGGACGAGAGCGGGAGGACGUGGCGCGACCACUCCCAGUGCGAAGACCCCGUGGAAGGGCAGCAGCUGCAGCGUCACGCGUGGCUGCUGGAGCAAUUCCGGCUCCUCUACACCAUCGGAUAUUCGGUGUCUCUCGGUGCCCUCCUCCUGGCGCUGCUGCUCCUUCUGCUCCUCAGGCGCCUGCGCUGCACCCGCAACUUCAUCCACGCCAACCUCUUCCUCUCCUUCGUGCUGCGGGCGGGCGCCAUCCUGACGCGGGACGCGCUGCUGCAGCGUCACCUGCACCCCGGUCCUGGUCACCCCCUACAGCUGCUGAGCCAGGAGGCGGUGGCAGGGUGCCGGUUGGCCCAAGUUCUCACCCAGUACUGCGUGGGGGCCAACUAUGGGUGGCUUUUGGCCGAGGGCCUCUUCCUCCACAAGCUCCUGGUGGUAGUGACCUUCUCCGGCCAGCGCUGCCUUCCCGCUUUCCUCCUUCUCGGCUGGGGAGCUCCCGUGCUCUUCGUGGGACCAUGGGUGGUGGUGAGGUUCCUCUACGAGAACGAAGGGUGCUGGGAGAGGAAUGAGAAGGCGGCUGUGUGGUGGAUCAUCCGUUGUCCCAUCCUGACGGCCGUGGCGGUCAACUUCGUGGUGUUCGUGCGCAUCGUCCGCAUCUUGGUGGCCAAAGUCAGGGCUCAUCAGGUGUCCCGGGGGGACACAAGGCUCAGGUUGGCCAAGUCGACGUUGACGCUCAUCCCGUUGCUGGGGGUGCACGAGGUGGUCUUCGCGGUGUUGGGUGAAGGGUACGGUGGGGGCAGCCUACGGCUGGCGCGGCUCUGCCUGCAGCUCCUGCUCUCCUCCAGCCAGGGCCUCGUUGUCAGCAUCCUCUACUGCUUUGUCAACAAGGAGGUGCGUCGGGGGGGGGGGGGGGGGCUGUAUCUUGUGGCCCAUCGUGACCUAUUGUGACCUAUCGUGACUUAUCGUUUCCUAUCAUGACCCACCGUGACCUGUCGCGACCCAUCAUGACCUGUCAAGACCCGUCGUGACCCAUUGCACCCUAUCGUGACCCAUCGUGACCCAUCGUGCCCUAUUGUGACCCGUUGUAACCUAUCGUGACCUAUUGUGACCCAUCGUGCCCUAUCAUGACCUAUCACGACUCAUUGUGACCCAUCACAAUGUAUUGUGAUCCAUCACUCCCUAUUGGGACCCAUCAUGACCCGUUCUGCUCCGUCGUGACCCAUUGCACCCUAUCGCGACCCAUCGUGACCCGUUGCGCCCUAUCGUGACGCACUGUGACUCACCGCGCCCUGUCGUGACCCGUCAUGACCCAUCGCUCCCUAUUGUGACUUAUUGUGAGCCGUUGUGACUCAUUGCGACCUAUUGUGACGCACUGUGACCCGCCGUGAUCCAUCGCGCCCUAUCGUGACCUAUCACGACCCAUUGUGCCUUAUUGUGACACAUCACGAGCUAUCACAGAAUCACCAGGUUGGAAAAGACCUCCAGGAUCCAUCGCGCCCUAUCAUGACCCAUCGUGCCCUAUCGUGACCCAUUGUGACCUAUCGCGCCCUAUCACGACCCAUUGUGACCUAUCGCGACCCAUCGCGCCCUAUCACGACUCAUCGCGCCUUCUUGUCACACACCCUAUCGCAACCCAUUGU